AUGGUUGCACCGGAGUGGGUCACCAAGGCUUUUCAUCCCAAGACCGCGGGCCUCACCGAGGUGCGAAACCAGAUCCUCGAGGCGUGGGGCCGCGAUCCCCCCGAGAAUCCCAACGGUGGCGGAGGCGACGGAGGCGGCCAAGAUGGCGUCAAUGGCACCCAAAUUACCAUUGCUUCCUACAUCAACCCCAUCGCAGACCCUGGUGCGUGGGACAGGUUGAUCGGCUACCUUUCGUCCAAGCUCAGCGUCCUUGUCGCCAGCGUGGUCAACGGCCCGGACUCUAAGGUCGACUCGGACUGGAAAAAGGUCAUUGAACGGGCUGCCGCUUCAGGCAAGACCAUCAUCGGCUAUGUCCGCACGGGCUAUCUCCGCGUCAGCCAUCAGAAGUUCAAAACACGGCUGGGAUCGCUUGAGCUGGCCGACUGGACCGCCCAGAUCGAAGAGGAUGUCGACGCAUGGUACUCGCUCUAUGGAAGCAGCAUCGGCGGCAUCUUCUUUGACGAAGGCUGGAAUGACUGCGGCCCGAACAAUAUUUACGCCAACUUGUACAUCCACAUCGAUCGUCACACCAAGGCCAAGCACCCGGGUGCUUUCACCGUUCUCAACUCCGGCGCCACCAUGCCUAGCUGCUUCGAGCGCACCAUGGAUACGCUUAUGACCUUUGAGAGAAGCUACGAGGACUAUCUGAGCGACUACCAAUCCAACGGCUGGCCCGUGAGCGACACGCGCAAGCUCUGGCACAUUGUGUACCGAGUUCCCGAGUCUGCUGUGUCGCACGUCGCGCAGCUGGCUCGUGAGCGUGGUGCCACUCUGCUCGAGAUGACCGACGACGAUGUGGAGAACCCUUACGACAACCUGCCGGCCGACUCGUACAUGCUCUCGUCCCUGGCUGCUGUCUCCGGAGGCAGGCCUCUGAGAGAGAAGAAGUCAUUUAGGUCUGGAAGCGGUGCUUCGACGCCAGGGUCGCUCACCUUCACAAAGUCCGACUACAGCUCUGCGCACCUCAAGUGGUCAGCGGCACUAAAUGCCAUCGGCUACACCGUCUACCGAGGCGGUCAAUUCGUGGCGAGCGUGCCCGCGUCCAUGACUGAGGUGACGGUCGGCGGCCUUGAGCCGGGGAGCUCCACGACCUUCUCAGUAGCCGCGAUAGGAGGUGGUGGCACGGAGUCGUCACAGUCCAACUCGGCGACCGCAAGCACACAGUCACUGCCAAACGGCAAGACCAUCAUCAACUACAGCUCUUCGCCGUCGGGUGGCUCCGCCAUUAUCAAAGCUGACGUUCUCGUGCCGUAUGUCUUUCAUGGAAUGCGAUGGCCCGUCAACACAAAGGUGGACGCGUACGUCUGCACCAAGUAUAUGGUCGAAGGCACAAAGUUCUUCAAGUACAACGGCAAGACGCCGCCAGGCUUCACCAGCGCCCCCUGGGCUUGGGAGAAGAUUGCCGAGGACAUCAACGCCGACAUCUCGGGCUACACGUGCACGUGGACCUUGCCGAUCGGGACAAGCAAGAUCGACACCAAGAAGUUCUCCUGGACCCACUUCAAAUGCCUUUUCGCCGGACCCUAG